CCUAAUUAGCCAGUCGAAUAAAAUAUCUUCACUCAUCCGGUUCUCCUCCAUUUCCGUGGAUCCCCCCGCGACAAUUUUCUGUUUGUGUGGAAUGCACUCUACUAGUACUAGUCUACCAGUAGAUCAUCACCAUGAUGACAUGAUGAGCAAUUGAGGUUGCUUGAAAGAUGCCAUUCUCAGUAGCCAUGAAACGGCAUUGGCUUCAGAUGCCCUGUCUCCUCUUCUUGGGUCUUCUUUUGUUUGAGUAUGGUUUGGAAGCUAACUAUUCUGAGAGAGGAGAGAGAUCGGAUCUUUUGUUGGAUGACCAAUUGCCUGAUACCGAACCAUUCCUAGAAGUCCCUCUCUGGGAAGACCUUGGAUUGGAAUAUUGCCGAUUUCCUGACUUUUAUGAUGAGAGUCGACAUCGAUACAGUCUUGGUCAAGAAGAACAUUGGGUAGAGUCAGGAUGGAAACACCGUGAAGAGCUCAAAACAGCUUCGUACAACUUUGACCCAUCCAAAAUCAAGGACAACACCAAUGAAUACUAUCAGAUGCUGCUACGAACGCAACAACCGCGUUUCAACUUUACAUCUCUGAAAAUCCAACGCAACAUUUCAUUCCUUCAUCUGGGCAAGGCCGGUGGUUCCAGUAUUGGAUGUCACUUGGCGGAGUCUCGGCGAUAUGUGCGCAAACAUUGUGACCCUGCAUUGAUGAGGCGACCUGUGCCCAUGUCACCACUCUCGCUCCAUGUCAAUUGCUUCAAUCACAUGUCUGGUCAUCAGUAUUGUUUGGAUAUCAACGAUUCUUUUCUUGUCAAUGCUCGACAUCCAAUUGACCGCAUUGCCUCCUGGUACUUGUAUGAACACCCGUUAAACCAUCAAGUCAACUAUGCCGAACGAGACUACCAUUGCGGCGAUUUGAUGCUCUUCUCUUGCUAUCCGACUUUUGAUGCCCUGGUAUCGAAUGGGUUGGCAGGGUCCCCACCACCAAAUCUCAAGGAACAACCGCUGAGGAUGCAAUCCAAUCUUACCCAAUCACAGUGCGCUCAGUGGGCAUGGGCUGCAGUCCAAGGACACAUCCCUUCUACCUACCACAAUUUCUACAACUAUGACUGGUACACUCAUCGACUAUUCAACAUGGAGGAGGAGGACGACAGCGAUGCCAAAACAGCACCUUCCAAGGAGAUUUUUGUGAUUCGAGCAGAGCACAUGGUACAUGAUUGGAAGACAAUCAACAGACUCCUUGGUGGGCCCGACACCCAAUACUCUUGGCCAGAAUCUCUUGGAACUCCUCAGAACUCGGCCCAACAAAAGGUUUUGCCAGUAUCCACCACCAAUGCAAGUUCUUUUGGGAUUCAAAAUUUAUGCCGAGCCCUCUGUUUAGAGAUUCUAACAUACAAAAGGCUGCUUUCGGAGGCAGUCAAUCUUGGUGCUGCAGAUCUGAAGUUGUCACUUGAAGAACUUGGAGAGGUGUGUCCAGAUGAAGCCGCGUUUGUCACACGGCAACAGUGCCGCAGAUAGCGUAAGGACCAACGGAGGUCACCAGAAGCUACAGGUAGUGUACACCAAAAUAGAGUAACCUUAUGCACGGAGCCAGGCCUAGAAGUUUUUUUAAUCGAAUCAUUCUAUGUUAC